UGGGAGAUGGAAGAAUGGGAUAUGCAGAAGAAGCUCCCUAUGAUGCGAUUCAUGUAGGAGCUGCAGCACCAGUUGUGCCCCAAGCACUUAUAGACCAGUUAAAACCUGGCGGAAGAUUGAUAUUACCAGUUGGUCCUGCAGGGGGAAACCAGAUGCUCGAGCAGUAUGACAAACUAGAAGAUGGCAGUGUCAAAAUGAAGCCUCUGAUGGGAGUGAUAUAUGUGCCUUUAACAGAUAAAGAGAAGCAGUGGUCCAGGGAUGAAUUGUAAAAGCUACAUCAUCUUGACCCAAACAUAGUGUUACAGUGGACUGCUCAUCUCCAGUUCUAAAAGCUUUUUGAAAACCAACAGCAUUGCAGCUUAUUUUGGACUUCGUUUUACUGUUGUUAUCAGCAUGGAAAAGCGUGAUGUUUGUUUUAUUUUUUUAGAUGCUCAAGGCAAAUCUGAUAAAGAAAUGGUGGAAAGUUUUAUGUGGGCACUGUUUUAUUUAACAUGCCUUUAUUUUACUUUCAUCUGUUCAAAGUGAAUUUCUGCAAAACUGCAGAUAAAGACCUAUAGCUUGUGAACUCUAAUUUUGAUGGAAGUACUUGAACACUCACUUCUCUCGGCUCCUGUGUCCCUUGGUAAAACUGCUUCUGUGCACCUUACGACACUACGUAGGUAAUACCAGGUUUUAAUGUGUUCUGAUGUCUGCUAGAUGCGACUAAAAGGAGAUGAACUUCCUUUUUAAGCUUUUGACACGGUGUCAUAGACUAGCAUGUAGUAGAUACAAUCAGCUGCUUUGUUACCUUAAGCCCAGGCAUUUGUCUGUAUUAAACUUCAAGACAUCAGAGGUGGGUGGCUGCUCUUAUCAAACAUUGCUGUUCAAGUUGGACAUAACAGAUGUGGUUUUCCCUUUCCUUCAAAAAUUAAUUGGUGGAGUCUUGAAAUUCUCUUUUGGUUUACAGCUCACUACUGAUGCAAUGCACAUGGAUUUAACCCCGUCAAUAUGACAUGAGCCGUGUCCCAAGCACUGAACAGUUUGUCAUGCUGCUUUGCCAAAUAAAGCUAAAAGCAGAGGGGGGUUCUGUGCUUAUGUGAAAGAUGAGGAUCAGUAUGUAGUAGGCUACUGAGAUAUGGACUGCUAGUUCUUUAUUUAAAAAAAAAAAAAAAAAAAUCAAACCAAAGCAGUUUGGUUCUAAAAGAAAGUUGCUCU